CUUGCCCCCAAUUUUUCCCCUUUUCGACUAUUUUCAACACGUAUAUACAUAUAUCUACCCUUGUACGUAUCUCUUUACCUUCUCUCAUCCAAAAUCGCUCCGUAAUUCAACCGAAAUUAUUGAAGAAAAAAGAGAGAAAUUGUCAGAACGAUUGUUCCGUUUUUCAGCUUUCUUUUAUUUCUCCGUUGAUUUUAGUUUUCCUCCUGCAAAAUUUGAGGAAAAAUUGGUGCAAAAAACUUGCAUAAUAUACAGGAAAAAGAAGCAUGGGCAACAUCGGGAGCAGCGGCGUCCACGGCCGGAGGAGGAACUCCGGCAGGCGGAGCCAACCCCAUCCCCACCCUCCACCGCCGCCUCCGCAGGCCCCGCAGCCGGAGAUCACCGCCAACCGCUACGUUUUCGCGGCGGCGACGCCGUACCCCCCGUCGCAGUACCACGGCCCUAACGCGGCGCCGUACUAUCAGUACCCCGGUUACUACCCGCCCCCGCCGCCCCCCACGUCGGUGCCGAUGCCGCUCCUAGCGCCGUACGACCACCACCACCACCACCCGGGGGCGGCGCACGGGGCCUGGGUCAACGGGCGGUACCCCUACGGGCCGAUGGUGCAACCACCGCCGCCGCCGCCGCCUCCGUACGUGGAGCACCAGAAGGCAGUCACGAUCCGGAACGAUGUUAAUUUGAAGAAGGAGACGCUGAGGAUCGAGCCGGACGAGGCCAAUCCAGGGAAGUACCUAGUCGCGUUCACGUUCGAUGCCACAGUUGCCGGAAGGGGAUCUUUAUAUCAGCUCAUUCAGCAUAACAUCGUUUUUCAGAUCAUGCUUCAGUUGAUUGCAAUUAUAUUUCCAUAUUUCUUCACACUUCUCAAGGAUCACAUUUCUUCACACUUCUCAAGGAUUACGCUAGUUGUUUACAUUCUUUCGCGUGAUAUUCGUUAUAAACUCAUAAAAUGCCUUAUCACUUGCAGCAUCACGAUAAUUUUCUUUGCCAAAGAAGGUGAAGAUUGUUGCCUGACCCCAAUGAAAGAGAGCCUACACCCACCCAUUACAGUGCACUUUCAGCAAGGUUUAGCCCAGAAGUUCAAGCAGCCCUCAGGAACCGGGAUAGAUUUUUCAAUGUUUGAGGAGGCAGAGCUUUCGAAAGACGCUGACAUGGAUAUUUACCCACUGGCAGUCAAGGCUGAGGCCUCGCCUGACACUCAAAGUGGGAACUCGGAUGGAGGGUCGACAAACUCACAGAUAACACAGGCCGUGUUUGAGAAGGACAAAGGAGAAUAUCACGUUCGUGUGGUUAAGCAGAUAUUGUGGGUAAACGGCAUGAGAUAUGAGCUGCAGGAGAUUUAUGGAAUUGGGAACUCAGUUGAGGGUGAGUUUGACUCGAAUGAUCCAGGGAAAGAGUGUGUCAUUUGCCUUUCCGAGCCACGGGACACAACUGUUCUCCCUUGUCGGCAUAUGUGUAUGUGCAGCGAAUGUGCAAAAGUGUUGAGGUUCCAAACGAACAGGUGCCCGAUAUGCAGACAGCCAGUCGAGCGCCUUCUAGAAAUCAAGGUUAGCAAUGGUGGGGCUGAGAAUGAGGAAAAUUAAGCUACGGUGUGAUUUCUUCAGUUGUGUAAAGUUUUUUUUUUUUUUUUCUUUUUUCUUCGUCCCCCUUUUUAUGUACUCUUCUUUUGUUCGUGUUUCGUCCUCUUGGCCUCGGCCUUAAAACUUUACACUGCACUUCCGGAUUUUAAUAAUCACGUAAACUCGAAGCUUUAUUCGCAGGCAAAGUGCUUCUAUUGUAUACUAUGAUCUUAGUUUGUUGGUUUGAUCGUCUCUAUAGCUUUUUUGUUAUCCUUAAAGAAAGUUUUGAAGAACACUAUAGUGUUGUUUUGUUCAUGCCUUUUUGAAGGAUUAUAUGUUGAAUGUGUG